AUGUUCUCCACCACUGUUACAACAGGUGAUGAAGAUGACGAAGACUAUAACGAAGAUUACGAUGAAGAUUUUUCCAACUUGAAUUCCACCUCAGCCAAUGGGACAUUAAUUUUCGUUAAAGAACUAACGAACAUCACUAGAGAUCCAGGAAAGUUACUAAAACUAACUUGCGAAGUUCAGACGCUGGACUUAAAUAAUACCAACAAAAUAACGAUAAAAUGGCGGCAAAAUGAGGCACCUAUAGAGAUAAAAAACCGAAUUAAAGUCAACAAUACAAUAAGUCAAAAAGGAAACAUCUUUAAAUCGGUUUUAAAGAUUAAAAAAUUGGAGUACUUUGACCAAGGGUACUUUGAAUGUAUUGUCACUCAAGGAAACAACAAAAUUAAAUCACAGGGGUAUAUUAAAGUUAACCCUGAACUUAGCACGUGGGGUACAUCUGAUAUGAGCAGUUUUAAAACUGACCAAAGUAUAGGGCAAAAUUCACUACAGGGGGAGAUAACCACAUUCAUCCCAAACUUGAUAUCUAAAAACACAGAAAACGCAGAAUUCGUUCCUACAAUAUCAAAACCAAACACUUUUUCACCACCUAUAGAGUUUGAUUUACCCUCUAAUACUCCAAAGUUCAAUUCUAACCCUACUUUGUACAACGGCAGUGAACCGUUCUGUCAACAGUACAAGGGCAAAACUUGCCAGUACUACUUGGAGGAUCAGUAUGUUUAUAUUGAGCCACCCUAUACACAAUCAGAAAUUGAAGAAAAUAUACACAAAGCUUUCAUAACUAUCAAACAAUCUAACGAUAUUACAUCGGGUUGUAACAAGUUCGCUUUUCCCAGCAUGUGUUACUCAGCUUUCCCCAUAUGUAACAACCCUGGAGAAAUCAACAAAUAUCAGUCGUCAAGAAUGACAGAACUAAGAGCAAUCACUAAAGAUAAAAAGGAGAAAUUUAAAAAAUACAGGGGUAUACUGAGCAAACAUCUUAGAAGAAUAUGCCGAGACGACUGCUUUCUACUUGAAAAUGAUUUGUGUAGCAAAGAAUACGCCAUCGCCAAAAGACAUCCUAUCCUAAAGGACAAAUGUUACUGGGACACUGGGAGUUCAUACAGGGGCAUUCAAGACACAAGCAUAAAUAAUAAUAAAUGUUUAAGAUGGGCGCAUCAAUUUCAAAUACCCACCUCUAAGUACCCUGAGUUAACAGGGCACAACUAUUGUAGAAAUCCUGGUGAUGUUGAGUUGGAACCUUUCUGUUAUGUUGAACAAGAUAGAAAAGAACCGUGUGGUAUAAACAAAUGUGUAUAUAUUUUCGGAAUGUACGUUGUCGCUAUUAUAUUAGCAAUUAUUUUUUUUAUAUGCGUUAUAGUAACAUAUUGCUACUGCAGAAGAAAAAACAAAAGCACGAGAAACCUCCAAAACAAGGCCCUUCCUCAGGUAACGAAAAAUAUAUAUGGGAACGCAGGUCCUAGUAGCCCUAUAGAACUAAACACCCUACUACCCAAAAAUAUGCCACCUCAGAGAAACCAUUCCAACAAAAAUGGACUGAGAACAGUUCCUCAAUAUACCUACAAAGAAGUCAGGUUUUUGGAGGAACUGGGAGAAGGCGCUUUUGGCAAAGUCUACAAGGGGGAGCUUAAAACAAAAAACAUCAAAUCCUAUGUGGCGGUAAAGUCCCUAAAAGAAAACGCCUCAGCCAAAACCCAAGCAGACUUCCAAAGAGAGAUAGAGUUAAUUUCAGAACUAAAACACCCAAACAUAAUCUGCCUACUGGGAGUCGUAGUAAAACAAGAACCAAUGUGUAUGUUAUUCGAAUUCAUGUCGGAAGGUGACCUACACGAAUAUUUAAUAGCAAACUCACCUUCGGAAGGAAGAUGUUUAACCCACGAUCAAUUUUUACACAUAGCAAUACAAAUCGCUCAAGGUGAGUCUUUUAGAAAACCCCUUGUAUGGAAUAUUUGUCUGAGAAAUCAUUAUGUGCAUAGGGACUUGGCGGCUAGAAAUUGUUUGGUUUCAAAGGAUUUAAUAGUAAAAAUCAGUGAUUUUGGUCUGAGCAGAGACAUGUACAGUUGCGACUAUUAUAGAGUGCAGUCGAAGUCUUUGUUACCUGUUAGAUGGAUGCCACCUGAGUCCAUUUUAUACGGUAAAUUCACCACCGAAAGUGACGUAUGGUCUUACGGGGUAGUAUUGUGGGAAAUAUACAGCUACGGGGUGCAGCCAUAUUACGGUUACAAUAAUCAGGAGGUUAUCAAUUUGAUACGGUCAAGAAAACUUUUACCGUGUCCGACGCAUGCCCCAAGUUACUGUUACGCCUUGAUGGUGGAAUGCUGGCAGAACAGGGCGUAUUUUAGGACUCCUUCCAAUCAUCCUACGCCCUUAAAAAUCGGCUUGAGCUCAAAAUCCAGUCACACUUCGGAUUCGCAGACGCUCUGCCCGACCAGCGAAAAUCACGUGUCAAAUUUUACGUGGGAGAGGGAAAAUAGAAAUGCCAAACCGUCGUCUAGUAGACUACACGACAGUCAGAACAGUCUGACCUCUAGAAAUUCAAGUCUAGGGAAUACUACGCAAAGUACAACUGUCAGUUUGGAACAUAGGAAGGAUAAGAGACCUAAAAGAAACGUUGACUCAAUGAGAGGUUGAACCCAAAAAAUACUAUCGUUAAUAGUUUGAAUGGGGACAACUUUGAAACAAAAAUCACUCAGUAAUUUUUACAUUAUUUAUUUUUAUUUUAUUUUAUACAACCCUAUAUAACGAACGAAAUUUUAAGGCGGCUAUCGUAACAAUAUAUCAUCACAAACACCUUGUGUGUUCUUUAACUUCAUUAAGUUCCUAUUUUUUUGAAAUUAUUAUCGAAAAAAUGUCAAUUUUUUAUCUGCAUACUUAUAAAUUAGUAUUUUAAACGAGUAUAAUCAUUAUUAAUUAUGUUUGUAAAUAUUUGAAUUUUUCAAAAUGUAAUUUUAAGUCACUAAAUGCCAAAUUUAUAUUUUAGGUAUAUUAGAUUUUUUAUGUUAUACAUACUGUAUUUUUUCUUAUAUAUUUCGUAUUAAAUAUAUAUAGUACAUA